AUGAAGUCUUCACAUCUCUAGUCUAUCUAGAUACCCUGAGACCAGCACAGUCAUCACCACACUACACUAGUGGUUCAAAAUCACUGACACAACACUUAGUUGUCCCACCACACAUAGGCUUCUACUCCACACAGAUCUGUGUCAGUCUCUGUUCUCCCCAGCGUGCUAACAUGCCGCAGACUGCAGCCCCCUUUGCCCAAGGGGAAGAUGGGAACACUUGGCUGAGAGGCACGACAGACAGCCUCACCCCCAAGACCCUUGAACUGUUAUUAUUUUUAAUAAUAAUCCUAAUUCUGAGAAGAUUUCUGACACAAGAUUCGAGCCAGAACACCAACCACGAGGAGCUAGUCAAAAUCACCAGCUCCCUAAGCUAUGCCUUCACGACCCAGCUGAAGCUCAGCGACAAGCACAUCACCCAUCUUCAAGAGGAGCUGACAUGUGCUCAACGCCGCAUAAACAAGCUGGAAGUGAAAGUUCAAGAUCAACCCAAAGCACCCAACGAGAGGGAGCAGGAAACAACGGAUCAAGUUAAGGAGCUCCAAGCAGCCCUGACAGCAGCUAAGCUUGACCAACAACAUGCAAAAGCUGUCCAGAAAGACCUGGUAAACAGACUCCAGUAUGCCGAACAGCUACUAGAGAAAGCCAAGAAUGACAUCAGUAACAAGAAUGCUGAAAUCAGUACCUUGAAAGACCACCUUGAAAGGUACAGAACUGAAAUGGACAAUCUGACCCAACAACUAGACGAUACCAACCAUGAGCUCCAUAUGGUCAGAAAAGAACUCAAACAUGCUUAUGAGCAGAAACAAGAGCCAAGGUAAGGGAAACAUCUCUCAGCCUCACCACUGCUGAGCAGAGCCGAGUUCUACGUCCAAGAACUGGUACGCAACGAAAGAAGCGAAGGGCCACAACCUCACCUGCCUUCGCCACAGAACUCUUUCCUGUCAACGAAAGUAAACCCCCCAUCCAAGCAGACCUUGGAGCUGCACUUGGGAUGACUGUCAAAGACCUCGACAAGCUGUUUAAAAACAUCAGCCAGUUCAACCCGAACUCCACAGAGGGCCACACCAUCGAGGCUCAUCUGAAAGAUAUCGACUUUUAUCUAGAAAUGAGAUCUCAUGUGACUGACAGAGACAGGUUGUACCUCCUUAGAGCAACGUCCGGUCCCGAGGACUUGAACAUACUGCCUGUUCUGUGUAUGAAGAGCAUUUACAUAGAGACACUUUGCAUCAUCAGCACAUGCUUCAGUGCUCUGAGAGUGUUUAUAGUGCUGUGAGUUUAACACUUCAUGACUGAGAGCAGAACACAACACAAUCUUCAUCAUCACACAAGACAAAACAACUA